AUGGCUGUUGGCAAGCAAAUACGCCUGACUCGACUGGCAUUCGUCAUCUACGAACACCCAUCGAUAGACACAUUCGCAGCGUUCGCGGAAGACUUCGGGUUCGUAGAAGCUGGACCGGCCUCAAAACAGGGUGAGCGAUUCUAUCGUGGCUACGGUGUCGACCCGUACGUCUAUGUUGCGCGAGAGGCUCCGGAGAAGCGGUUCGUAGGGGCCGGAUUUGUUGCCGAGUCAGCGGAGGACUUUCGGAGAGCAUCACAGUUGGAGGGUGCUAAGACUCUCGACACGAGCGAUAGACCGGGUGGCGGCGAGGCCAUCUCAUUGACGGACCCAAACAAAUUCACUGUAGUCAUCGUUUGGGACCAAGAGCCUCGCUCAACGCCGGAACAUGGAGUAUCAGCAUUGAAAGGUCGCCCGGCCAUGAACGGUGCCCUUGACAAGCGUCGCAAAGGCGACUUCACUCGGAUGAAGCACGGUCCUGCCAUGGUGCACAAGCUGGGCCACUUUGGCUACAUCACCCCCAAUUUCGAAGACACGUGCGCUUGGUACCAAGGCCGCUUCAAUUUCGUCCCUACAGACAUGCUUCAUGCGCCUGGCAACACCUCGCUUGACGUAGCCGUCUUCUUCCGUCUGGAUCAGGGACAGGCCUUCGUGGACCAUCAUUGCUUCUUGAUUGCGAGAGGCGAUACUGCAAAGACGUCGGUCCACCACUCGUCUUUCGAAGUAGAGGACAUCGACACACAGUUUAUGGGCCACCAGUGGCUCAAGCAGAAAGGGCAUGAUCUGGUCUGGGGUAUAGGUCGGCAUGUUCAUGGAUCGCAGAUCUUUGACUAUUGGUAUGAUCCGAGUCGCUUCAUCAUCGAGCAUUACGCCGAUGGCGAUGUCGUCAACGAAGACACUGAGACCUUGCACGCCGAGGCCGGGAAUAUGGCGGUAUGGGGCCCACCUGUGCCCGCCAUCUGGGGCGCGAAAGCGGAGGAGUCUGAUCAUCCCAAGCCCCUCAGUGGGAUUAGUGGCUAG